UGUGUGUGGUCUUGUGAUCAAAAAUCGUGCACGGAAAAGUAAAAAUCGGGCCGAGAAUUUUGCUCUUGCGAAUUUUGCCGCGGACUGACCGAGUGUACCGAAACAAAAAUCAGAAUGCCUAUCUGCGGACCGAAACUUUCGUUGUGCGGAUUGAUUAUCUCCGUCUGGGGAAUCAUCCAGCUGCUGUUGAUGGGAGUGUUUUAUUACAUCAACAGUGUGGCCCUGAUUGAAGAUCUUCCCAUCGAGGAGCACUAUGCAACACCUCAGGAGUUCUAUGCAGCCGCUGACGUCGCAUACAGUCAGAAUGCCUACAACUGUUGGAUUGCGGCUUGCAUUUACGUCGUGACGUUGGUGUUCUCGGCGCAGCAAUUCCACGCCAACAGCCGCUCCACGGUCGCCUAAUUUCCUACCCCAUCACCUGAGGCAGCUCCACCAACACCCAGGGGCAGUCAAUAUAGCACUUAAACCGAACAAACCCAUCCCCUUUGGUCGUAUCUUCCGGAUUCCCUCCGAUGUGUAAAUAUGAGUUUAUUUGAAGGCAGCACAGCAUCGUCCACGCUUUGUACUGUGUCCGCACAACAUUCCUUAGGCAUGGAUUUCGCUUUUGUUUCGACAAGCGCUUCACCCUUUCCAUCGUACACACGGUCGUGUCCCUUCGGUCCCGGUGUGUUUCCCCCGUCAAAGUGUAAAAGGCCGCAAAUGUUAAUACCAAAAGCCAUACAGUGAACAACGGCAAGAGCGUUUAACUACAGUUUCCUGCAGACCACUGAGGCCAAAAGAUCCGCCGUGUACCAUCUAGACAAAGGGCAGUAAGAACUUGCCGUCUGUAGGAGAUGUAGCAGAACAAGCAGGCAAAUAUAUUCUGAAAGUUAUAUUGUA